AUGAACACCACCACUGCCCUUGACUCGACAGCCGCACCGAAAAACCACGCAAACCAGCACCAGCUCGAGGAAUGGGGCGCUCAUUGCUCGUUGCAAACCUGCAACUUGCUCGACUUCUUGCCUCUACAGUGUCCCGAAUGCCACAAAACGUUCUGUUCGAGCCAUUUUAAACCAUCCUUAGUCAGCUCGGACUCGGACCAUCUAUGCGAACCAUUCAUCUUGAAAAAGAAGCAGCAAGAACGGAUACCCAAGCCGACGAGGACAGCAGUCGGGGCUCAGCAGAACAAGAAAUGUUCGUAUAUCAAAUGCAAGACGAUCAUGUUAGCCCCCAUCAAUUGUCCGAGUUGUACGCUCUCAUACUGUCCCAGCCACCGUCUAGAACAGGACCAUUUAUGCAAAUCCUUCGCUCCAUCAUCAUCGGACUCUGGCCCCAACAAUUUAGGAAAACACGUCGCCCUCCUCAAGAACUACUUGGCCAAUCCUCUCGACACCCACUCGUCAAAACCUAGCCCCCAUCCGACUGCGAAUCCGCCCGCCCCUGCGCCGAAAAUCUCGCCUGGAGACUUUGAUCCUAAUCCGUUCUCUCUCAAACAACAUCUCUCGAAGAUCAAGUCCAACCAACGCUCCAAGGCGGAGCUCCAGUCCCAACAGAAAGCGCUCGAGUUCCGGAUCAAGAACCAAUUGCUGACGGAGAAAGACAAGCAAGAGAUCCGCAGACUGGAGGACGAAAAGCGCCAGAAACAACCGCCCCCGACGUCGUCCGGCACGCCCAUCACGCGGCCAAAGCAGGCCAACCCAUCAGCGUCCUCGAGCGAUUGCUGUAUCGUCUAA